AUGGCAUCGGUUGGUGUGGCUGUGACGUUCGUGGCGUAUGACCUGGCUUCGACCCGCUUGACGCUGUGCCACCGCGACGGCGAGGACUCGGUGCUGCUGACGCGGACGCUGGCCGACCUCCAGCACAUCGACCGGACGCUGCACCGCGUGCUCAAAGGAUCUACCCAUGAGCGCCUCCCGAUGCGCCGCCUGAAGAAGCUCCUGGCAACGUCCUGGUCGCUCGACGACGUCGCCGUUGGCAAGAAGCCCGAGCUCGCAAAAGUGCUCUCAGUUUGCAACAAGUGGCUUGGCACUCUUCUGAUGCAGCUACCUACGGACGAGGCCAUUGCGUUCUUGGAUGAUGCUGCGUACGCCGAGCGCUCGGCAGCCACGGCGGCGCGGCUGCUAGCCCAAAAGACCGCGAAAGACCACGGGCAGUUCUUCUCGUCCGCAUCGUCGAUCGCCCAAGUCAUGGCAGGCCUCGAAGCGCUGUAUACACCCACCGAGCUCUCGGAGAGCGUCUUCUUGGAGCCAUCGUGCGGCGACGGCCGCUUCUUCUCUUCCAUGCUGCGGGUCGGCGCCAAGGACAUUCGGGCGUUCGAGAUCGACCCGCUCGUGGCGGCCACUGCCUCGGAGCAAGCAGCGUCGCUGGGUCUUGGCGACGUUGUAUCGGUACGUGACUUUUUGACGUCGACGAGUCAUCUUCCAGCGUCGACCCGCGUCCUUGCCGUGGGCAACCCGCCGUUCUCGGUCAAAGACACGGACACGGACGACGAUCUCGUGCUGGCGUUUCUGCGGCACUGCGCGCUCGAGUGGCAUUCCGCAGCGAUGGCGUUCAUCUUGCCCGAGCGCUGCCACAAGCCUGCGUACAUUGCGCGCGUGCUCGACGUGCUCUCGACCGUGGCGCCAUAUCAGCUCGCGCACGCCAAGCCUUUGCCCGAUAGCGCGUUUGACUUUGUCGGCGCCAAGCAGAUUCACAAGCCCAGCGUCAUUCACAUCUACACUCGCUCGUCGUCUCCACCGUCGACGGAGUGA